AUGACCGCGACAGACGACUCGACAGAGAAGUCGGAGACAACGACUCUACAGGCAGCAGAUGUUUCUGCAACGGACCUCGAUCCUGACCUACCUCGUGUUCUGGCGAAGGUCCCAGGAACUGUAUGGGUGGUAGCUUUCAUUGCCGCAGCAGAGCGAUUCACAUACUGGGGCAUCACAACUCCCUGGCAGAACUACAUGCAAAACCCCUCUGGACAUAAGAGUUUACCGGGGGCAUUAGGCCUGGGUGAAGCGAAGGCAUCCACAAUAUACAAUGUCUUCAUGUUUUUCUCCUAUUUAACACCAAUUCCUUUCGCGAUUAUCUCGGACGUCUAUCUUGGUCGUUAUCGGACAUUGCGCCUAAGUUUGAUCUUCUACUUAAUCGGGUGCGUAAUUUUAAUUGCUACCUCGGUGAGCUCCGCCACAGAGUAUAGGGUCACUUUUGGCGGGUUAAUUGCAGCCAUGGUUCUCAUUGGAUUGGCGGUAGGGGGCGUGAGGGCGACGGUGACACCUCUCAUGAUGGACCAGUAUGCACCGACCGAAGUUAAGGUGACAACGUUACCCAACGGCAAGCAGGUUGUAUAUGAUCGUGGUCUAACAACGCAGUACAUAUACAACGCACAAUACUGGCUCGUCAAUAUUGCAAGUCUAUCAGCGAUCCCGACAACAUUUAUAGAGAAGAACGUUUCCUUCUGGGCAGCCUAUCUUCUCCCCAGCUGCUUUCUUGCCGCUGGACUUGUCUUUCUUAUUCUAGGACAGAAGCGGUUUCGCAAACUUCCACCAACCGGUAAUAUUCUACCGAAGGCAGGAAGUGUGCUCUCCUGUGCCAUCCGUGGCCGCUUCCAGCUAGAUGCUGCCAUGCCAUCUUACCAACGGGAGCAUUUCGCCAAGGACGUUUCAUGGGACGAAACCUUUGUGAAUGAGAUCCGGCGCGGACUAGUGGCUUGUCGAGUCAUACUAGGGUUCAUUCUAUUCUUCACCUGCCUCAGCCAGGCAUCCAAUAAUCUGAUUUCUCAAGCAGGGCAAAUGAAAACCUAUGGAAUCCCGAACGACACUAUCACCGCGAUGAAUCCUAUAUUCUGCGUCAUAAUGGGUCCAGUUAUCCAAAAAGGGUUAUACCCCUUGCUGAACAAGAAAAACGUAAAGUUUCAGUCAAUCACACGCAUGGCAAUGGGAUUCAUUACGAUGAGCGCAUCAAUGGCAUUUGCUGCUGGGGUUCAGAAGAUUAUCUACAACACUGGCCCCUGUUAUGACCGGCCUCUUGCGUGCCCUGGGGCUGAGGGUGGUCGGAUCCCAAACCAGGUCAACGUGUUUCUUCAGACUCCAACAUAUAUCAUCCUUGCCGUCGCAGAAAUUUUCUCCUUUGUGACCCUGUCGGAAUACACCUAUACGAAGGCCCCGACUGACAUGAAAGCUGUGGUCCAAGCGCUCGGUCAACUAGGUGCGGCGGCAGGGUCGGCGAUUGGUAUCGCGAUCACUCCGUUAGCUCACGAUCCCAGCCUGAUAUGGAUGUAUACCGGGCUAGCGGUAGCUAUGUUCCUUGUGGCGGUUGUUUUCUGGAUUCUGUUCAAGAAAUACAAUGCAAUUGAUCGGGAGGAUAAAUGA